AACUUGGGGAUUGAAAACAAAAUUCGGCAAGGGAAAUAGUUUUCACCCAAAGAUCAACAGAUGUUGACAUUGUUUGACAUGUAGAUGGAGCCCCAUAAAUUAGAAAAGGUUUUUAAUUCAAUAAUUCAGUUCAAAGGGUGAAAGUCAUGUACAGAUUCAUCACACACGUUGAAUUGUUUUGAGCAUUUAUUUCUGUUAAUUUUGAUGAUUACUUUCAGUGGCAAAAAACAUCCGAUGCUGUCAGAAUCUGUCGCCAUAUAGCUAAGAUAAAAUAACGUUCCUUUGUUAUUACUGGAUGCAAUUUGUUGAUAAUUGCUUCAUAGAUUUAUAAAGGAUAAUGUGAUGACAACUUUUUAAUGUUUUCAUAUCUCAAUCUAAAAGAAACCAUUUUAUAAGGUUUAUACUUACAAUACUCCAAUAGACAAGAACCGAAUACCCCUCAUUUAUACUCCCUCUCUAAAGUAAAAGAGGAUUCCUUUACGUUUUCAAAUUAAGUUUAUCGUAGCAAAGAAUUUUUACACCAAAUAUUUAACAUAGAUUGCAAUACCCUUGCUUUCUGUCACUCUAUUAAAAUAGUAGAUCUCAUUAUUCUUUACAGUCAUCCAGCUAAACAUUUUGCUAGUUUUCCCUUGUUGGAUUUCCCUAAUCACACUAAUUCCAACCUUAACAUAUACACAGUAUUACUAAUAAUACUACCACUAAUAAAUAUCACAUACAAGGUGGACAUAACUGAAAUUAUUUCCGACCAGAAGGAGCGCUACAGCAGUGGUGCUGUCAGAAAUGACGCGCAAAGAAUUGUGGGACUUUUAGUUCUCAGUCAGUAACGGUUGACUUGAAAACACUCCGAAGAACAAAGCAAGACCUAAAAAAUAGUACUUCAGCGUUAAAUUUGACGGAACAUGCCAGGGUUCACCUGCUGUGUCCCCGGCUGCUACAACAACUCGCACCGGGACAAGGAUCUGCGCUUCUACACGUUCCCCAAGGACCCCGCUCUGAGGGAGCAGUGGCUGCGGAACAUCUCCCGGGCCGGGGUCAGCGGCUGCUUCAGCACCUUCCAACCCACUACGGGCCACCGCGUCUGCAGCGUGCAUUUCGCUGGCGGAAGGAAGACGUACACCGUCCGGGUACCGUCCCUCUUUCCUCUGCGGGGCGUCAAUGAACGCAGGAGUCGGCGGGGCAGAGGGAGGAAGUUGGCCGCCUUCGUCCCUGCCCCCGGGAUCGUCGCUACCAGCGUCCUCGGAAACACGGCUGGCGUCGUCGAGGGUACUAUCGGUGGAGAGGCUGGCGACGAAAACAUCACAGUGGUUCAGAUAGGCCACAACGGGGAGUACUUGGGCACCGCGCGGCUUCCAGCCCCGGCAGAGGGCACCUGUAACUGCGUUUCAGAGGAUGUGGUGGAGCUUAAAGUCGAAGACUUACCUGCGGACAUCGGGGCUAGCCCGCAGCAGCUGUCCGUCCAGUACUUAAGUGUGACCAGCAGCCCGCUGGACCACUCAUACUCCCUGACCACCGGCACCACGUCUGCAGAGCUGCUGCGCAAACUGAACGAACAACGGGACAUCAUCGCGCUAAUGGAGGUGAAGAUGAAGGAGAUGAAGGCGACCAUCCGCCAGCUUAGGGUGGCCGAGGCCAAGCUGCAGGAGGAGAUCCGUGAGCGGGACCGUCUGCUGUACAGCAACUCAGUGGCUGGGAACGUUCGGAAGAAAAACUGAUGAGGCGGCUACAAUUACCUGAACACUGACAUUUACAUAGAACCAUAUGCACCACCAGACUCGAGAGGAGUGCGAAAACUAAUCCUGCCCUUCUUUGUAUUAAACAAACAAACAAAAACAAAAAAAAAGUAUCACAGUUUGUAUUUAGUCUGCAGUCCUGGUUUUCAUAUUUCUGAUAUUAAAAACCGACUGCCUCGUUUAUGUAGCAGAUAGAUUAACCUUAUCGCUAAUCACAUAGGAACUGGACCAGGAUAAGCAUACACAUUUGGUUUCCCCAGCACAGACUCAUGAGCUUGCACAGAUUCACAAGUUAAGUAUAUUUAUAAGCAGAGUGGACAGAAGUUUGACUCUGCACUGCCUGGUUGCAUAAGGAUUUUUUCUACUCACUGUUUUGGUUUUGUGUCCAUGCUUUUCAACUUACAGUAGGAGGCUGACUCAAGAAGCAACUCAUGAUUUAACAUGAAGGGCACCAAGAUGAAGAAAAAACACUACUUCUGACCAGCCUUUUCAUCAUUUAAAUGAGCUCAGUCCUCAUCACAGAUGCCUUUUGAUGUACUUUAAGUUAAUUGACUUUUGUUGCUUCUGAAAAUGUUUGUGCAAGGCAAGAGUAAGUUUAGGAAAUUCCUUAAAACUACAAGGGGCCCUCAACAUCUGAAAUGUUAAUAAAGGAGAAUGUGAAACCAUUCUUUUUCUGUAGAAAACAUUUUUACUAAAGUUAUGAUUUCCAACGGCUACAUAUAAUGUGUGUCCCAAGCUAGUUUUGUUAUUGUUUCUUUUGUCGUACCAGUUUAUUGUUACAUGGUGGACUAAAAGCUUCCUUAUUGCUUCGUUGCUGCAUCUCCAAAUAUCUAGUGUGUUUUAUGCACACCGAGUUUGAUACAUUUCUUAGUUUUGAAUUUGGAUUGAUAUGCUCCAAUUUCAGUCUGAAGUAAAUUCAUUUUGAAAAUUUUA